CGUUUAAAAUUCAAACAAAUAAUGACAAAAAUGCUUCAUCACUUAAUACAAAAGACAAAAUUACCUCCUCAACAGGAAACUUGGAAUAAAAGCUUUGAUUUAAACAGUCACGUGUAAUUGCCACAGUAUCUGUAUUCUUUGUCAUUCCUUAGGUAGUGGCUAGCAUAAAAAAAAUUCAAAUUUUGCUCCUUAAAAUGCAGGAGAAAACUUACCAAGCAAAUAUACUGCUGCUGAAAAAGUUUCAUUUUGAAUGGUUACAUAACGGGAUUUCAUCCACAGACUCAAAAUUAAGUAAGAACCACCUUCUGCACCUUGUACAGUAUGGUAAACUGUACCACAGGAGAGUACUGCACAGUAGCUUUCUUUUGAAUGCAACAUAGAAUGUUAUCCACAAACUCAAGCUCUAGCUAUAGAACCACCUUGUACUGAGCAUAACAGGGAGUACCACAAGAAAGUACUACUCAGUAGCUUCCAUUCAAGUAGUUACAUCGACGUAGCAUUUCAUUCGUCCCCAGACUCAAAACUUAAAAUCUUGACCAGCACCCACCUGUGCCAAACAACAUUUCAUGUAAAAUUUGUUUCUUUAUUUUUUAUUUCAUUUCGAUAUCUUUUUACUACAUGUUUAUUGUCUUUCUCAGAACCCAAGGUGGUAAACAGUGUUAUCAUUUGGAAAAUCGAGUGACUAUCAAACACCCAAACAAAUAAAGUACUUGAUCAGAUCGAACGGGCGUUCACUGGGAGAGGUGUUUAGUGAGCUUAUUCCGCAACUCAAAUUAUUUAUGAUUUUCUUUUUUAAAGCCUUUCCGUAACGGUCUCAAAUUUAGGAAUCAACCGAGAUUAGAACAAAAACAACAACAUUGGCGGGCUAAUCCAGUGAAAGUGAAUCACGUACCAAUUAUCCUUAGCUUUUUAAAUUUAUUUUUUAAAUCCCUUCCUUCAGCAUUUCCUGGCCUUUUAGGGAGCCAUUCACUCGUCCGGACUUGGACUGGCUCUUAGAUGUAAUGAUGUAGCGAUGGACGUUUAUACUUUGAAUCAUGUGUAAUGUGGUAGAAACAAAUCGACGGCUCAAUUUUCUGUUAUCUACUCUUACAGGCCUUACAAUAAUGACGUCCACUCAUCUAAUAUGGUAAUAAACCACGGCUGAAUCUUGUACAUGUGUAGACCUCGAUCCGUGAAAUAUUGAACACUAACUGAAAAACGUAGUCAACUGUUACUACAAGGAGACUGAUUAUCCCGCUGAUUAUAAAAUGGGGCAAAAAUGAAAUAAAAACAAAUAGAAAUUUUUAUCUGCUCAUGUAUGUCAAUUGGUAAAGCGUACCUCACCAUACACUUCGUCAUGCGAUUAACCCCUCCUGAGGAUUGGAUAAAGAGUUUUGCGUACUUUGCAGCCUGCGAAUCCAGCCUUUUCUCUUCGCUCCGCGCCGCUAGGGACCGGUUUUGCGAUAGAAAGGCGACGUUUCUCCCGAGAACUGCCGUCCCUAGCGAAGAGGGGCGAAGAGAGCCGAGACACCGUCUGUAUUCGCAGGUUACGCACUUUGAGGGUGUCAUAUGUUUCACGAAUUGUUAGCAGGAGCAAUGCAAAAACGUACUCUGUAACACAACCGCGUUUGGAAAGCUGUCUCUGACUCGUGGAUUUGGGAAGUGAAAAUAUUACAUAAUCAUAAUGUUCUUGAAAGACUCAGGAUCACUCAGUGACGUUCUUAAAACCGUAAUACUUAUGUAAGUUAUUAGGGUUUAUUAGAGAGAAAUCGAGUUAUAAAGAAAGCCGUUCGUCUGUUUAAAUAAUUAAAAUUUUCAACUAGCAUUUUUCAAAGACCUGGGUAAACGCGAAAAGUGACUGUUAAAACGAAGUGAAACAUGAUAAUGACAACUCAAAGAUGAUUACAUGUGGGGGUAUGUGCAACGAAAAGCGAUUUGUAUUCAUCUCCAGGCGGUCUUAAGAAUUACUGAUAAAUUUCAGCAGUUCUAGAUCUAAAAUGCUAUCAGGGUUUUUCUAGUAUUUUUUAUUUUUCGACUAAACCACCAGCCGACGAAAAGAGGAAAAAAACAACAAGGAAAGAACCUUUCCAAUAUUGUGUUCUCGCCAGGAGACGAUUACUUGUUCUGAGGCUUAUGAGUUUCUGGAUUUAUAAUCCCGGAUAAAUUUAUCAAACUCUCGAGUUGUUACCAUUUUAGCGCAAAAGCUAUUCAUUUACGGUAUUUUGCAAAAUAAACGUCUUCAUUUUCUUGUAUUGAGUUUUUGAAGGGCAUAAGUGCCGCCAAUUGAUAUGUUUUUGUUUCUUGAGUAUGGUUUCCGGUGUUCAAACAAAGGUCUUUUAAAACGCGCUGUCUGUGUUCUCCUGGAGUCAAUUGAUGAUAUACGGUUGUUUGGCCACAGACAAAUAAUACAUAAAAUGCCUCUGCUGUAAUCACCUUUUUUCGUCAACGUUGAAUCCGGGUGAGUGUGCAAAGAGAACUCUUGUUUUUUUCUUAAGCUCCAAGCGGGGGUUUUUAUACCUAAUGUGUUGUCAUUACAGUCCACUUGCCUUCUUCAUCUAUUCAUGCCAUAGCCGUCCCUGUGCCCAAUCAUUCGCCAACCAUUUAAUCAAGUGAUACAUUUCUCACCAAAUCCCAGCGGGAAUUUAGCCGUUUUAUUUGAAAUUAUUUUGCAUAUCUUCUCAAUCAUCGCAGGAUUCUAAAGUAAUUUCAUCCCGAUAAUUAAAAUAUUCGAACCCUUGCUGAAGGCAGGCAGCCUGUCUUCAACAUGGUUUGUCAGCACCAAUGAUUUCGCGCGUUUUCAUCUCUGUAGAUUCCUGUACGCUCCUUAAAAGCUUGAAAAAGCCGGGAGACUGGUCUUGUUUCUUCCACGUCAGUGAACUGCGCCAAAAUGACGCUGAACGUUAUCAUUUUCCUGGCGAUCCUGAUGUGUGAUUUUACAUCAGGAGCACGCAAAGCCAUGAAAUACAAUUUUCGAAGAGGGAAUGGAUCUGUUCGGCGACCCAAUAUCAUCUUUAUCCUUCUUGACGAUAUGGACCGCGAACUAGGAUCUCCUGAUGUAAUGAAAAAAACACAGAAAAUUUUGCGUCAAGAAGGUGCGGAUUUUGUGAACGCAUUUGUCACAACGCCGAUGUGCUGCCCUUCCCGUUCAAGUAUUUUAACGGGAAAGUACGCGCAUAAUCAUUACACCUUUACCAACAACUUAAACUGCUCCUCGCCGUCUUGGAGAAAGGGUCCAGAAAGGAAAAGUUAUGCAAGAUAUUUGGAGCAAGCAGGUUAUAUCACAGGUACGUUUUAACAUUUCAAUGGCUAAACUUUGGACCUGUUUUGUUACUAGACAGUAUUUACAACAGUUCUAAUCUACACUAAACAAAAGCAAACGUCAGCUGAUAAGUUAGGGUAUGUGCUACGCCGUGAACUAGAUACUGACAAGAUUCAACAAGUUCUAGUUGUCAGUUUUUCCUAUUGGGUAGAAAGAAUGCGUGAGGGGUUGGUGUAAGAUCGACUCACGAUUUCAACUUUCUGUUUUAAUGUGAAAGGGUGAACGUGCUUUCGAUGCGCUCAAUUGUAUUCUUUGCUUUUGCAAAGUCAUAACUAAUAAGAGGUAUUGUGAAAAGAAGGCUCACAUUCUUUAUUGUUCGUUGUCCCCCAAUCAUACCUCUAUUGUUCUUAAGGUUAUUGUAUAUUGUAUUUUAGUCAGUGAUCCUAGUGAUUCAGCUGCUAAAUUACUCUAAAAUAUGUAAACAACUUAUUCUGUUAAAAAAAAGACAAUCAAUGGUACCUGAAGAUUAAGGGACCUAAGCAGGAGAUAUUGAAGGGAUUUCGUUGACUCCUAAUGACCCAAUUCUUCAUCUGUUUGGAGAGUCAAGUUACGUCUGGUUGCUUUAUACCGUCCCAAUAAACUGUUUAUUUAAAUGGUGAUUCAUAGCUCAAGAUCGGAUUCCAGAGUAUCUGACUCAGGAUCUUGAAAGAAUUUCUGCUUAUACAGGCAUUGUUUUUUAAAACAACUUAACUGUCCGUGAUUUGGGCAACAUACUGCGCUGAAUCUUGUCUGACUCUCUCACUUCUUCACCGUUGAGAUAUGUUCUAUUUAAUAUUAAAUUUCCACAGACGUAGGGGAUUCGAACUGUUGAAAUAUUUUUAUUUGUCGGGUCAGACGAGUUUUCGCGGUCGUGAAGUUUAUCGCUUUAUUAAAAGUCGCUGUAAUUUUAACACACUCUGCGCGGAAAAAAAUCAAUUAAGACUGAUAAAGUAACCGGGGUCGGCAGUUUCUAGGUGUUAUAGAAUAGUUGCGAUUACUGAGUAAUGUAACAUACAAUAUUAACAUGAAAAAGACUGAAAUGAGUUGAACGAUACCUAAACCGUAAUUUCGAAUACGUAAACUACGAGAUAAAAAUAGUGAAGGUUUUUAAAACACAACACCGGCUACAUUGUAUCCCGAAAAAAAAACCCUUUCCUCUGAUGCCUUGUUUCGAGCUUUGCCAGUUUUUUCGGCUUUUAGUUUCUCAACUUCCCUUUCCGCUUUACGUAGAGGAAGUAUGUUUUUUUUAUAGUUCUAAGAGCAGGAAAAGGCUUUUGUUACACUUAAAAAAAAGUUACCUUUUUUCUGCCCUGAACAAGGUCCUUUUUUUAAAAGAAUGCUUGAUUUGUAUCUUUCUUUAUUUUUUCUUGCGUAUUCGUUCGAUCACGAAUUAAUUUUGACACAUGUUUAGCUUACUAGCUGGUAGGAGGGAAAAUGUAGAAGCUAGAAAGAGAUCAUUAGUCAGGAACUCAGACAGGUUCUGUACAAUGCUAUCUUUUUCAAUCAGUCUAUAGUGGUGAGACGUGCAACAAGUAAUUUAUGCCCCUGACUAUUGCUCCCUCAAACGGCUAAGAACCUUUAUACAUGCUUUUUUAAGGUUCUACCGACUUGUAUUUUGGGAAGUUUACUGGCAAUCUAUAGCCUAAGUAGGUUCUUAAUUAGAUUCUCAAUUUCUAUGUAGGAGAUGGUUUUAGGGUAUAAGGGUUAGAAAAAUACAUAUUAAACUUGUCAGAGCUGGCCGGUUUGGUCCUGAAGUAUACAGUAUUUUAAUGCACAACUUUACAUUGCAAACCUCCGCUUGACAAACCUUCUUUAUGCAAGGGCUAUGAGGGAAAUACAUUCUGUACUUUAUAUAAACCCCUUUUUUCAACUUUUUUGUUGUAGAAAUCACAAGAAUUCUCUUAUUUGUAAUUAACAGUUUCUUACAUUAUUUUCUGGCUAUAAAUUUAGCUAAAUUUGCAAAUCCCAAAGUCAUCUCCUCGGUUUAAAUGUUCAUGUCAAUAGGCCCCUGAGAUAGAAGAACUUGUUUCAUCUUGCUUGGCUCUCUCGGUAAACACUGGCAGGCUGUUAUAUUUUUGGGUAUCAAAAUGGCAAAUUUCUGCAAGCAGUUUCUUAAGCCACUAGGUUCUUACACAGGGGUUUUUUACGGUCCGUAUAAACGACAGUGGGAGUCUUUGAACGAGUAAUUUGAUGAUUUUUGAUGUCUUUCUUUGUGGUCGAUCUAUAAAAAUAUAGACGACGAAAAAUUGUUGUUUAUUUUUAAUGCAUUUAACAUUUGGAGUCCCAGGUAACGGAUCAUUAUUUGACCCUUAACAAUUUAAACCCCAAUAAAACCAUGUGCUAGUGAUCAAAAGUUUCACUCUACUGAUGAAAACUAAAGAAGAAGCUUGUUAAUCAUCACCGACAUAGUUAUUACGUAGUUGUCCACAGUCUCAACACGUUACCAAGCAUGUUUGUACGGGUAGAGCUAGUGAUUUUUGAAGUAAUUUUCUUAACGGUCCAAACCGAAAGAUGCCGGCCAGAUGAUUUUUCUCAUUAGAGAACAUCAAAGAACAACAUCACCGCAUCAUAGGUGCUUAAAAUUCCCUCGUGAUUCGGUUGACUAAAAAACAUUGUGAUCGCCAGGAUACGAACGAUCAUGAUAUAAAAACCGUUCAGCCAAAGUCCCUUUUUAAACAUUUAAACUCCGUUUCGUUGAUUAUCGUUAUGAAGUUGAAACAGAAAUCAAGUUAUGUGUUCGCGGCUUAUUCAAUAAUCACUUAUUUUUCUGUUCCUCAGUGUACGAGUUGUUCCAUAAAAAUUUCUGACCACAUGUGUGUGUCCUAUCGAAAGUUUAUCGCUUCCUUUCUUUAAUUUGAGUACAUCCAAGCCAUCCAUAUAAGGUUUCAACUUAUUUUUUAUUUAUGAGUAGUUAUCUAGGGAAUGAUGACUCAAUACAGAAGGAGGUUAUCUUUUAUUCGAUAAGCAUCUUGCGGGAUGAGACGCUCAGUACAAAAUCAACAGAGAAUUCAUACAGUCUAAACGUAGUAAAUUUAACGUUUUAGACCUUCGUGUGAGGAGAACGUUUGGGCCUCAAAUCAUAUGCGGAUUCCUACCUUAGAGAAAUGUUACCGCUAAGAAAUCUGCAGAUCUUGAGCGAGGCCUUUUGUCAUGCUUUGUCUUGAUGAGAACGUCAAUUUUUUGGCAUCCGUUUAUUCUAAAUUCUAUAUUUAACUCUUCAGAGGAAAUACGGUCAUGAAAAGACUGGUUGUUUCUCCUUUUUCGUCACAAUCUUCACUGAGUAGGUCCCAGAAGGACUUUUGGUUGUCAUGGAACAUUUCGCUUUAAUCGCUGUUGUUGGCUACGUCGGGUUGGACUUAGCGUGCAUUUAGGCAUUAAACGGGAGUAAGGAGAAAAAAUCUCUCCUUAUCCCAUACUUCCAUCGGCUUAUUAUAUAACUUAACACAGUGGUAUGUACUAAUGCCGUCUGCAAUAUUUUGCUCUUAUAUAUACACCCCAAACAAGCCAACUUUUGUAUGAAGCAAAAUAUUUUCACAAGAAUUUAAGUAGCUUAUGUGUAUCAAUGGACUUUAUUAAACCAUUCAGCUUUUUAAUGGGUAUUUUGCUUCUGACUUUUUAUUUCGCGGACCAACUCUCAUGGUGGGUAGCCAUCCAAAAGAUCUUCCUUCGAUAAUUCUUUCACACGGUGCUAUAUGUUUGAAGUGUUCAAUACAAACGAAAUUUCAGGAUUAUUCCAGGUUGAAUUUCUGUAAAAAUAGACUGCAAUAUUUUUAUCAUGAUGUCGACAUAAAUAUUUGGAUAGAUAACAGCCAACAAUGGCACACGUGCUUCUGCUUUCAAAGCAGCUGUAUUUCUUUUUGCCUCUUUCUUUCUAUUUUCUCUUUGCAGCUUUUCUUUGUUGUUGUUGUUUCUUUUUCGUCUAUUUGAGUUCAAGGUUAGAUAAGAUCUUUGCCAGAUUUUCUUAAAUCUAAUCGGUUAUUGAAGACAACUUUUCAAAAUUAAUACUCUUCAAAGUUCGUCUGUUUCAGAAUUGAGCUCAUUUAAUCCUAUUUUGUCACCUUUUUUUAGUUAAACUGUUCAAUUUUUUUUCGCGACUGUAGGCACGUCACUUUUGACAAAACUCGAAAAUACCUAAUGGCUAUAAUUGCAGUUUAAUGCAGUGUCGAUAUGGUAGCGAAUUUCCAAUUAGAUACCUGGCUAUUUUGUUUAUGAAGAAAUGUUUUUAGUUCCAAGGGUCAUACUUUCAACCUAUGAAAUCAAAUUCUCUCCUAAAUGGCAUCAAUUGGAUCGGAAGAUUUUGCCUUGUAAUCAAAUUAGGAAAUCUCAACAAACAGAGCAGAUUGACCAGAGAGAAUACUUAUGUUCGGAUGACGUCACAAAUGGCAGACCGUGGUAAUCUGUGAAAAAAAUAUAUAGUUGAAUUGCGUAACUUCCUGAUUUAAGAUUGCGAAAUAGGGAAAAAAUCCAUUGCCUAAAGUCACAAACUCAUUGGUCUUGUUAUUUUAAGCUCGACCGAAUUCGCUUGGCUUGGCCGUUUCGGUUUAACUUCUUUCUUAUUAUUUACAGUGAAACCUGUGAAACGGAUAUCCACAGGACUUUCGCUUGUAUCCGUUUGAAAGAGCUAAAUACAGAUUUAUUUUACUAAAAAUAUGCAUGAGAAGAAACAUUUGAAACACAUAGAGCUACUCGUCCACUUGAUACAGGGUGUCCGCUUAAUUAAUAUGGGUUCCAUGAGAUCCGCUAGGUUCAAGUCACUGUAAGCCCUUUCCUGAUUGGAUUAGUAAUUAACUGUCCACGUCAAACUAUUUCGUUUUGAGUGUCUUCCAGAAAAGAAAACUUCAUAAACAAGAAAAAGACUGGAAACAUCUAGGCAGUCUUUUUAACGUUCGUAAUUCUGAAAUGGAUGAGGGAAGGGUUAAGACUUAAAGGGUGGUCCCUUUAUUCAAAUUUUCCCAACAUUGAUCGAACCCCAUGUUAAGGGGACACCCCGUAUUAGGUGGACGAGUAGCUCAGUGUGUUUCAAACGUUUCUUUCCAUAUUUUAAGCAAUGCGACCCUGUAUUUAGCGGACACCUCUACUGAUUAAACAGAUACCAGGGAAGGUUCCCCGGGUGUUCUUCGAAGUUCACUUUAAAGCUAGAGAAAUACGCAAGGAUAAAACUGGGCAAAAAGAAGAGAAAAAGGGAAAAAUUACAGAUCUGAGUUCUGGAUUGUGAGAGAAAAACAUAAAUGUAAAAUCAAACGCUUUAGUUUAGUCUGUGGUACCUUUAUAGGAGGGAGCGUUGCGUGACGAGAGAGAAACGGCUGCGGGAGACUAGCCAGUAUAUGGCUCGCUCUUCUAUCCCAGAACAAAAAAAGUGAAUCGUCGUAAUCAAGGGAAGUGACAAUUAAUCACCCUGAAAAUCUGAAAAAAAGCCAAUUACGUUUAUCGUUCGCAGUUCUCAGGCAGAGUUAUUCAACAGCCGAUUAUAUACAGUGAUCUUUUGAAACUUUUGGAGAAAUUCUCAAAUUUACAAAUGUAUGGUUCAUUAACGUUUUUGCCACUCAGCAAUUUCCCAGUGUUUGAUAGCCGGCUGAUAUUUCCUUCAAUAACUUGCUUGCAAAGAUCUGAAAAUUUCACAAAUUACUCAAGUUAAUCAGCUCUUUUAACUUUUGAAUUUAAUUCGUAUAUGAGGAAAAAUAAUUAUGAUCAAUGACGUCAGCAAAGAUUCGCCUAUUUGGUCGUUCAUCAACACGAGUAUGGAUUACAGUAAAGACCCGCGAUUAAGAACUUGGUGUUUAAGAAUGACCUAUUAGGCUAAAAUUUGCCAGUUAGGGCCUCUCUAUACAAGAACCUGAUUAAAAUUUGGAGCAGGAAAUUAUUUUGCAAAAUCUAUGAAAAACCGUUCUGUACACUCAAUGCAAAUAAGAUAUUAAGUCAACAUUCAGGAUCCUCUUUGGAGACGUAGGUGCCCUAUUACUCCAACGGCAAUGGAAUAGUAUACAGAUUUUAUAUAAGGAUUAAGCUGAACAUCACUUAAUAAUCUUAUAGCUACAAUGUACUUUUUCCUGCAGAAAAUAAAAAUUAAUUAUUUAAGAACCUAAAUAUCCUAAAUUUGGGCUAAUGACCAUUUAUAUAAGAGGUUCUUUAUAGCGGGUUUUUACUGUACGGGCUGGUUUGUUGUAACCCCCCCCCCCCCUUCCCCCCACUCACUGCGAGAGUGAAUGAUAGAAUCUAUGAAGGGUUGUUCUAACUUUCAGUUAAGUCUGUUGAUAAAAUCCUGUGGUUUGAUCUUUCAAAUAAAACUUCUCCGGCAGUACUUUCACAUGCUACUAUCUGUUUAUAACAUUUAACAAAAUGACACAGGGAGAUUUUGUUGAAUUUUGACGUUGGCUUCUUUUGGCAGCAGUGAAGACGUUAAAGCGUCUUCAUUGAUUCUGAUCGUUCAAUGGGAAAUACUGCCCGCGCGUGCUCGGAAAACGUAUGCACGGCAGGCUCAGGUUUUGUACAUUCUUACACGUACUUUACCCUCGGCCAAGAAAAUUGCCAAUUUUCAGCGUCCAGUUCAGGUUUGGAUUAAAUGUUAAAAACGCGGUCACUGACAAAUGGUAUGUCCUGACUUUUUAUAGUGCGCCACUCGGCGCCCUCCAAUGGAAAAAUAACAGAAUUAAGCGGAUAACGGGCGGUUGCAAUUCAGGGAAAAUAUUUACAUUUUUACUUUUAGGCCCGGUUCAGACACCGAACUUUUCAUGAGCCGAACCUAAUUCGAAUUAAGGUGUUUCGAUACAGUCUUUUUCAAAAGCCAUACCAAUAUUUUUCAAUCGCCUUAAAAGUGGUUUUUUCCUUGUCUGAUCGCUAUAAAAUUUUCACCAUUAAUUGGCUAAGGACUGAAAAUGUAGAUUUAAGUAAAAUCGAUAUUACUAUGACAACAGUAAACAAAAAACUUUGAAACUGAUAAAAGCCGAAUUUUGUGUGAUCCAGACCAGCUACUGAAAAUCCAACACUAAGAACUUAAAGUUUGGUGUUUAGCAAACAAUCUCCGUAAGAAGUAAAAAAUUCUGUAUAUAAAAAUUCAAUAGCCGUGAUAGAUUAUUUAAUAAAAACGUUGGAAAUCACUCAAAUUAUUCUUAAGUAGGUCAGAAUGCUGCUUAAUAUCAUAUUUUGGUGCCAGGAAAUUUUUGUACUUUCGUUCUUGCGAUCUUGAAAACUAACCCAUUUACUCACCACCUUCAUUCAAAACCGUUUUAGUGUCGUUUAAAUCUUUACAUUUUCACUCGGUUCCUCUUUUCCAGGUCACUUUGGAAAAUAUCUGAACGAGUACGAUGGAAGCUGGGUCCCAGUCGGUUGGAAAAGGUGGGAGGGAUUACAGUUUAACUCAAAGUUUUACAACUACGUCAUCAGACAUAACACAUACAAGGAACGGCGCAAGAUGAGCUAUGAAGAAGAUUAUUUCACAGAUUUCAUCACCAAUCGCAGUAUUUCGUUCAUAAAACGCACAAGAGCCACCAGACCAGAGAGUCCAUUUCUGGCGGUUAUAAGUCACGCGGCACCUCAUGGUCCCGAAACGCCAGCACCACAGUAUAGCACGGCGUUUCCCGAUGCCCAAGCUCCAAGGUAUGGCCUCAGAUUGAAGAGGGACGGGAGUUUAAGGCUCCGUUUGUAUGGAGAAAGCUUGUCCCGGGAAGUAGGUAGGGUCACCUACCCGAGCUACUUUGGGCUAACCUACGAUCACGCUUUUUUAUCAUUUUUUCGGGGAAAGGGAAAAAAAGAAGAACGCUUCCUUUUCCCCUUGUCUCCCAAACAAAAAGGGAAGAAGGACCGCCUGAUCGUAGGUUACCCUGGGCGAACCAACAUUUCCUGAAUUCUUUUAUUAAAGAUAGGGUAUGCGGAAGUUUUCCGGCACACUUCUCAUUUCAGUGUCCAUAUCUUUGCCUUCUUUCUCUUGCAGGGACCCUAACUGGAAUUUUAUUUCCCUUGACAAACAGUGGAUCCUAAGGCAAAAGCAGCCUAUGGAUGCGCAGAAAACCGCAUUUGUUGACCUCUUGCACCGUCGGCGCCUUCAAACGCUUCUAUCUGUUGAUGACUCCGUAGCGCGAAUCUUCAACACUUUGCAGUCUCUGGGAGUUGAAAACGAGACUUACAUUUUUCUUUCUUCAGACCAUGGUUAUCAUCUCGGGCAGUUUGGUCUGGUAAAAGGCAAGUCUAUGCCAUUUGAAAGCGAUAUUCGGGUGCCAUUUUAUGUUCGAGGACCGACUAUUCCUAAAAAUAUCAGGUAAGGCCUUAGAGUGAAAUUAGGGGUACAUGGUUACUAAAACCCACAUAUAAAAACAUUAUUUUUUAGAACUACACAUGCAAACUUAGAAUUCCUUUAGAUUGUAGCCAUUUAGAUAUUUUGUUUUAGCCAUUCAUACAUGACUAUCUGUAUAUUUCAUUUCCACAACAGACCAAAACACUUUUUCUUUAAAAAAAUAAAUUAAAAAAUUGAAGAAAUUUUUUAGACUAACUUAGAACAAUGCAUCAGUUCUGCUAAUGUUUGGCUUUUUACUUAAUCACCUGUAUGUGCUUACGUUUGAUUAGCAAGGUGGCUCUUUAAUUAAACAGUACAUUUUUCUUGAAGGAUGAAAGAGAUGGUGAUGAAUAUCGACAUAGCACCAACAUUUCUGGACAUUGCCGGCGUGACGGUUCCAAAAGACAUGGACGGUACUUCUAUUAUGAAACUUUUCAGAAGGAAAAAAGAUGGAAGACGAUCGAAGAGGUAUAAAAGCGCAUAAUCUUCUCUUCAUGUAACUAUUCCUUGUGUUCAGAACGAUCUCCCUUAGUGCUUUUUUAAAGAAGUCUUGAAAUAACGAAAAGAUAAGAACGAGGAAAAACCAAAAAUAUUCUUAAUCCAAGGACUUGUCGCACGUACCCUGGGUACCACAGGUUUUUCUCGCGUGCGGCGGGAAGUUUCGGUGUUGGCCGAAGGCCGACACGUCUUCGGCCGUAGGACUUGACAGAAACCGGAAACCGCGCUAGAAAAGUCUCUGGCACCCAGGGUAUGUCGCACGAAGCUCGUACUCUUAAACUCUGGGGUGCGAGGAAGCUUCUUUAGGCAUAUUCAAAAUACUGCAUAAAAUAAUCAAAGAAAAUACAAAGACCAGUGCAACACUAUUACCGUACAUUCUCCCUAAUACUAGAGGCACUAUCUGACAAAUGAUCGAAGGGCUGUUUUUAAAACAGUAAUUGAUUGACGCAGGAAGAAAGUGACAACUGUGUCAGCAGCGAGAAAGACUCUGCAACCAUAAAUGGCACUCUACUUAUAGAUUCUUUAAAGGAUAUUGUUAAUGUUUUGUUUUGUUCUGUUUUUCAGGCGUAUGCACGUGGUUUGGAGGGACACCAUCCUCAUUGAAAGGUCACGUGGGUAAGGCGCGUGCACACCCUUAAAAACCCUUUGUUGUUAUCUACCUCCUUUUCUUUAUUCUUUUUUUUUUUUUCAUUAAAAUUAACCAAAAAUUUUGCAAGAAAUCUUUAUUUCGUUUGUUAUUCAAGCUUCUCCAGACAGUUUUUUAAGUUAUUUCUAACUGACGAAUUUGUGACACACAUUGAAACAUGUAUUACAAAUUGUAUUUAAAUAGUAUUGAAAAAUCCCUGUUAGAGAACUUUUUCGAUCGAGCCGAUGUGAAAGCCACCUUAUGUGACAGGUUUAAAGUAACGCUCCUUAAGUUGAGCAGCUCCGUCUCAAUGAAAUAGCGUCCGAACUGUCAUUGUUACCCCAAAAAGCAGGCACUUAUGUGGUGUGCGAGGACGAGCAAUGAACAACGCGUGCAACCCGUUUACGUGAAUGACUCGCUCAACAAGCGCUUUCCCACGCGCUCACGGCAAAGGCGUCACAGUAAUCACGCGCUGACACGAGCGACUAGUAAACAUUUUCCCGGUACGGGGAUUUAUUAGAACGCUGAUUCCUUUAUUUGCGCAUGUAGAAAUGUUGGCAAUGUGUCAUUUUAGCUGGAGAAGAACAAAAAGCAUGAUGAAUAGUGGUUUGCCCAGCAAGUCAAAGUUUGAAGGAAAGUCCCUCAACAAGACUGAGACAACCAAAGAGCGCAAGACGACACUUCUAGAAAAUAUCUGCAACAGUCCUAAACACCAGUCGCCUUGCAAACCCAGGCAGUUGUGGGAAUGCGUGACAGUGGGUAACAGACCUAGACUGAGGAAAUGUAGAAAAUCUGGCUCGGUACAGGCAACGACGACCCCAACGACCCGACCCACACCAUCGUCAGCUCCCACCUCCCCUGUCAAGAUGUGUGUAUGUAUGAAACCGAGGCCAGGAUCUCAAGGGGACAUGUCUCCUUAUAACGGUGAGAAAACGUCAUGUAAUUUCAGUGAAAUGACACCAUCCUUGUUCCCGGGUCCAUUUUGCAUCUCCUCUACUUCGUUCUCGGUUAUGAACGAGUUGAAAAGGGAAGUGCGUUAUUAUCUUGCUUCUUUCAUGAUUAUGUUAAUUUUUUUUGCUUUUCAACGAUUCUGUUCAACUGCAAUUAGCUUAAGAGUAAAAUAGAUUCUUUUCGUUGCCCUGCAGGGUUUUUUUUUCAGCUUUGGUAGUUUGGAAUUAUGCGUUUCCUUUUUGUGAUAAGAGACCAUUUUAGGCCCGCGCCAGAAAUUAGUCAUUAUCUUUAUUCGGAAUCAAUUCGCCACUAUAGAAACGAGAAGAAAUCUGCGUUGAGUUAUCUUUCGAGAAAACUAACCACGAGAGAACGACUGAAGAACUGACAAUUUGACUAACAAUGGACGACUGUUUAACUGUGACAAUAGACGGAUCGAAACGCACCAAUUACUGAUUACGAGUCUUCAUAGCCAAUAACAUCAUGGCUUAACUGACAGACGAUCAAUAACAUCGCAACGUAAUUGAUCAAUCAGACCAAUAACCACGGAGAGUAUAAUACCAUCAACUGACGUGAUGCAACUCACUUUGACUCUGAAGAUGACUACCGCACAGGUUGUCGAAAUGUCAGUCACUGUCAACAACAACAGUUCUAUUCAGAACUACGUUCACCCGGACGAUCAAACUCAACCUACUUUUGAAAUGACUCCUGGCUUUAAACCUUUCACAGUUCUGGGACUCUCAAAAGGGACAGAGGAAAAAACUGGCCAAUAGCUGACCGACACGUCCCCAGUUACCAUCCCAGAAACAAUUGCGAGACACAUUUCGCCUCCAAUCCCCUUCUCGUUUCUUACAGAUUUGUUAUAUUUAUAAGGAGGACAGGGACGCGGCCUCAUAGUGCUGAAACAGCCCGCCGGCGCGCAUUUCAAAAGUUUUGAGUUAACCCACGCUUGAGCCUCUUUGUUAGGGAAAAGAGGGUAGAGUGACCCUCUAGUUACAAGUCAAAUCUUUUCGCCAGAGAAUUUCACAGUUGAUUUGUUGAUAAUGCAAACUUCAGUCUUGGCUAUUAAGGAGUCCUCCCUUGGAAUGCUGCUCGUCUGCCUGAGAAUUUUCGGCAUCGGUGCACAGCUAAAUAUCGGCCUACACUCUUCAGCUCAGAGAGAGCCCGCUUUUACAGAUCGCCUUGAAUGAAACGUUGCUUGACAUAAACUGCUAAAUGCGCGGCAUUUACAGCGUAUCAUCAGUAAAUUAAACUGUGAGCUGACAGCCAUGACUUUACAUAAGCAAUAAUGUUCUUGAUACAACAGUGGAACCUCGAUAUAACGAGAGCCCACGGGACUGGCAAAAUCUGUUCGUUAUGACGAGGUUUCGCUACACUUCGCGAGAAAGAACUAAAAACAAAUCACUCCUCCCGAGGGGAACUCCCAUAUAAGAGUGACGGGGAUGGUCGUCGGAAAAUUCUAAUUAAAACCCUAAGGGAGACCAAUGUGGGUGUGGCUACAGCUAAAAAUGACCCAGAAGGGAGAUUCACCUGUGUGGUCGGUGUCCAGGCAUUUUUUCUGUAGAUUUCUUUAUGCACAGUACUAAGCGAUACCUGAAUGGGCAAAUAUAGUGACUUUCCAUCCCAAACACCCUACGUGAGACUAGAAACUGCAAUUUACAAUCCAAAACGAGAUGAAGAGUAUCCCCAUCACUUUUAUAUGGGAGUCCCCCGGGGCCACUCCUUAAAUACUCAUAAAAACAGAAAACCCUAGAGUCUUUAUAGCAUAACUAAACGACACCCAUCCUGUUACGACAGCUACUAAUGAACGGAUUACAAAACGCACAGAAGACAAAUAUAUGCUAAACUUCGAAUAGCAAAUAUUGUGCUAUUACUGGGGCGAACUUCGCCAUAUAGAGGUUCGUUAUAUAUCAAGGUUCCACUGUAACCUUUUGUCUUUCUCUCUUACCGCAGAUGAACUGCUUAGAAAUGAACUGGACUACUUGUUAACAAAGCAGCUCAGACGGCGAUCAAAAAGAUCUCGUUAUUCCUAUGUUAGCAACAGGCCACGGAGGAGUAGAAGUGAAUUUAAUGCACGGAGAUAUUACAAGGAGCUGGCGAGAGCACAAAGACUUCAAAAUCGACGCGCCAGGCAAAAAAUGCUACACAGAACUCCAAUCACAGGUAAGUUCAGACAAUCUUUCAGUGCAUUUUUAGCUAUUUUUGUCCAUCCAAACGAUCCCGGAAAUCGCUCCCACUAAAGUUAUGUCCAAACUUCUCUUGUAGUUUAUCGAGUGGCGAAUUUCUUUGUUUCAUAUAGCUUUUUAUAACUUAUGACUUCCGCUUUCACAUAUGCGCAUGACACCACGCCUCAUAACAGCUCUUAGGAGUACUUUUCUGUGAUACUGCUCAUUUAAAUGUAGAAGUUGGUUCUAACUUUUCAGACUGUAUAAUUAUGAAAUCGCUAUGAGCGUGGCCAUUCAAAUGAAAGCUAUACAGCAGAACUUUCCUGUGCUACAGUUUUUCAUGUUUUUCAAGGUGGUUCUAACUUUUGAGUCUGCAUUAAAAUCCUAAUUAAAGUGCAAUCAUUCAUACGAAAGCUACUGAGUAGUACUUACCUGUUGUACUGUUUAUCAUGUUGUUCAAGUUAGGGUGAUACGCUUUUGGUCUUUGGUUGAAAUUCUUACCCUUCAAACGAAAGUCACUGUGGUAGAUAGCAAUACUUUAUUGUGAAAGUAUGUGGCGGUUCUGGGUAGUGCUAACUUUCCCAUGUGAAUAUGACGCAUACUAGAAGAUAGCCUGAGAUCAUGCCCUCUCCCUAUUAUCCCUUUAUGUCUCUCACGGGAAGAGGGCAUGAUACAUUUCUUUGUCGGAUCACAUGUAAAAAUGCCAGAAUCUAGACUUUUCUCUGAUUGGAUAGGAAACAAUGCGGAUGAUUUGCGCUGUUCCGAUUGGCCAAAAUGACGCCAUCCGUUAGUUGUUGUUGAUUUCAGUCUGCAUUUUUGCUUGCGUAAUGAGCAGUGAAUACACACGCGAGUUCGUUAUGAAAUUUCUGCCCGCUCAGUUUUCUUGAAUUUGAAGAAUGCCUAAAUAGAAGUUUCAUCCAUUGAAAUAUUUACUAUCUCAUCGUAUACCAAAACAGUUGCAGUCAAAACUUCACCGAUCAUUUGAAUGCAAUUUGAUACCGGCUACAAGUUACAGAAGCGACAAACGGGUUCACUUUUCAAAUAAUCAAUUCAUGAAUGGAAUCUUGACCUGGUUUGACUGUAUUUCCUCCUUCAGAAAUCAUGCUGCGAAUUAUUCUGAGCGAUCUUCGCUUUCACAACACCUUUCAGUUCGUGAAAUAUGGUGCUUCAGCCUAAUUUUUUUCCACUGCUUUCGGUACAGAACGAAGUCAACGAGCUUUAACCAGUAAAUUCUUUAUUAUUUGUAGCUAUUCAUAAAGGUACGACAGCUCCAGCUAGCAGUAUAUUUCAUCACAAAAACAACACAUUUUUUUUUUUUUACGAAGCGCCAUCUGAACACGGACGUACUUAAAAAUUUUUUUUCCCUGGGCUGAUUUCAAAAGAGACAUUAUUCGCGUCAAAAUUUGAUUCCCGUUUGGUAAACGCUUAUUGGCUAAAAACAUGACAGGUCAAGCAAACGUUAGAUUAUGUAAAUUAGGGGGCGGUUGACUGCUUGUUAAAUAAAUGUAUCAGGCGUUAUUUUUUUUCCCUCUCGAGCCAAAAAAAAAAAAAAAAACAAAAAAAAAAAGACUCCUGAUCUCAGGUUAACUAGAAGAAAGAUCCCCUACUACAUACUCCCGGUGUACUGUUUACUUUGUAUAAAAAAAAGAUAAUUACAUCCUUGGGGGCCCGUGUUGCUGCUGUUUUCGUUUAUUGCGAUUUACAUUCUAUCCUUAUUUCUUAAAAACGAAAAACACGGUGUUAUAGCUAUGACUGUUUAUCAACAGGUACAAAAUCGAACGCAAACGAUUCCCUUAUGGGUCCUGGCGUACAAGAAGUCGUCGAAGCAAAACUUGGAAAGCUAAAAGAGAAAAUUUGGGAAGUUAGAAUGCGACUGGGGGCUUUACGCGAUAGGAGAAAAAAACUUCUAAUGAUAAGCGCCCGCGAUCGAAUGGUCGAGUAUGCUUGUCCUUGUAACCCUGGCAACAGCACUAAACCCGAGAGGGUUACCGAGGCCAGCGUUCACAGUGGAGAAGGGGAUAGUGAUGGAGAUUUCGAUGAUGAUCAUGACGGUGAUAAUGAUGAAGAAAAUAAUGAUGAUGAUGAUGAUGAUGAUGAUGAUGAUGAUGAUGAUCCUCAAGGUGAGUAAUGUUUAUACUAGGCCACUGAUUCACUGUCCCUAACCAAUUUGUAAUUCCUAUUUGAUGGUAUUAAUUCUUAGUGGGCCUACAUAGCGACUUUUUCUAGUAAUUUUUGAACCAUUCUCGUCCCCAGAAUAAUGAUAGUUUUGGCUAACUCAGCUGGUCAUAGGACUGAUUUGUGAAAGAGACCGAUACGGACCCUACCGAGGAAGAAAAAUAGAAAAAUGGCCUCUUUAUCUCAAGCUAUAGUAGGUCUGGAUAAGCAGCCCGCAAAAGCUUACAAUUAGGUCUGGAAUCUCAAGUAAAUGUUGCAGUGAUCCAAACAGAUUACAUUCUGAUAUAUAUUUUAUUCGACCCUAGUAAUUUUGAUGAACAUUAAAGAGAACAAAUUUUUUAACCUCUUUUUUCUAGACUCGCAGAUAUCACCAUUAAAACGACUACCCAAAGCAACGUCACGCAAAGCGGAAGUAAAACAGAAAACGAAGAAGAAAAAGAAAGUGAAGACAAGUCUUAGACGUACUUUCUGUAGCACCCCUGGAUUGAACUGCUUUUAUCAAACAAAUGAUCAUUGGAAGUUUCCACCGCUGUGGACAGGUACCUAAGUAAUGUUAUAGUCAGUUAGUCACUCAACUAACAAAUCAACAACAAAUCAACAAUUAGGCCCGUCCACACAUAUCCUCCAGUUUGGUCUAUCGUCCACACGUAUCCGGUGAAAACGGUUACCAAAAACGCAUCUUUUCAACACCGUUCUUUAUAGUGGAGAUUUUUUAAAAGUCUGGAUUCUCGUUUAUGUGUGGACGGACGAAAACGGAGGUCAGACAGUCAGACAGUCAGACAGGCCGGUAGUUAUUCAGACGGUCAGUCUGAAAGUUAUUUUGUAGCCUAGUCGGUUAGACACUCUUACAAUCAGUCAGUUGGUUAGUGAGGCAGGCAAUCAUCUGGUCCCCUAGUCGGUUGCUCUUUACCAGCCAGUCGCUCAAACCUUUUUAUCGGUCACUUAGUAUGUCAAUCAUUAAUAUUUUUUUUAAAACCGUUAGUCACUCACUCAAACAGUCAUCGGUGUGAGAAGGGCAGUCUUAAGAUCAGUCAGUCAGCCAGACACUCCCUCAGUUGCCCAGUCGAUCAGGCAGUCAGCGCAGUCAUUCGCUUCUUCAGUCGCAGUCUCUCAAUUCAAUAUAUCAAUCUGUAACACUCUAGUCAGUCAUUUAGCCAGUCAGUCCGUCAGACAGUCAGUAAGUCGCCCAGUCGAUCACUCACCACUGGGUACCUUCACUGGUUCAGUCAAUCAGUCACUCAGUCAAUUCAUCAGUCGGCGAGACUAGUCAUUCAGUCAUUUACUCAGUCAGUUGGCCAUUCAGUCAAUCCGUUGUCUAAUUGUCAGAUAUUCUACUUAUUGUGCUUAUAUUUUUAUUGAUUGCCAAUUGUGCUAAACGUUAGGGAGCUCGGUCGGGUAUUCAGUUGGUUCGUUUCGCAACUAGUUUAUGUAUUUCACCUAACUGGACUCAUAUCCUUUGCUCACGUGUUAGAUACAAAAUACGAUGACAUUUCUUAAUUUCUCUUACUUGUUCCUGCAGGAGGAGACUUUUGCUUCUGUCCCAACGCUGCAAACAACUCGUACUGGUGCCUGCGAACAAUAAAUUCCACCCACAAUUUCCUCUACUGUGAGUUUGUUACUCACUUUCUCGAAUUCUUUGACCUCAAUCAAGACCCAUAUCAGGUAAGUAAACCAUCUCACUAUCCAGCUGUAUAGGAUGACUAAAAGCAGAGUCAGUGAAGUGCUUACAAUAGGCAAAUGAGAACACGCGCAGAUAAUCCAAUCAACCAAUCAAACAUCAAAACACACAAGUGUGGUAGAGUGCGCGAAAACGUGCAACGCGUACGUGCAAGUCAUGAUUGGCUUUCGUAUCUGAUUGAUUGAUAAUAACGCGUGGUCCAUAAGUCUUUCCAUUAGACCUACCAGUUUGUAAGACUCUGGUCAGCUAGUCAUCCAGUCGAAUCUCAAGGUGUGUUGACCGUUAACAGUCCCGUAUUUUCCGUGCGCAUCUCCAGAUCCACAGCUGACCAUGUUGAUAGAAAUCUGGGGCGAGUACAAUAACCCGCGGGGACCAAAAUUGGAGGUGAUAAGGUUGGGAUCUCUCUAGCCUACUGUGUCAGACCCUCCGAUAGGGGGGACAUCGCAAAAACAAGGCAAGCGAAAAUAAGUAGCGUGUGAUCUCUCUCUCCCCAGAACCGCGUCAGUUUUCGCAUCAAAAGGGGGACUGUGAAUAUGCCACAAGGCGUGUCUGAGUACUAUCCGAUGGUGGUAUAAAGGGAAUGAUUGAUUUAUUUUUUAUCAAACACUCAUCGUUUUUACUGCUUUUAUCUUGCAGCUGUAUAAUGUCAUUGACAAAGUGAGCCCCGCUGUUCUUUCCCAACUUCAUGAACAGCUUAGCAGAAUGAGAGCAUGUAGAGGAGGGCAUCAAUGUAACCAUUACCAUGGGAAGAAAUAUGCCCAUAUUAAUGCCACUUCCGUACCAUUAACAACCCCUAGAUUGAUGAGUACAUCGAAAGAAAGACCAGCAGAAAUCACAACUAUGAUAACAGACAGCGGAUCUGGUGUUUAUAAUAAUGAAAGUAUUGCUGUCUUGGGUGGCAUUACUACUGCAAUGCCGUCAACAACUGGGACAUCUGCUGAACUUUCAUCUAGACCUUUGCUUUCUAAUGGUGCUUCGGAAGAACGUCGAAAUCUUUCAGAAGGAAUCGAGAAUACCACUGAAAGCGCGGAAACUGCAGCAUUUUCAAAGGCUUCGCCUAUGACAACAUUGGCAGCAUCUUCAAAGGCUUCGCCUAUGACAACAUUGGCACCAACAGAAAAAGAGGUUGGACAAACAAUGGCAACAGAGACAGUUCAAAAGCGACAGGAAGGCUCUGGAAAUCAUACUCACGAUGAUGCAAGAGUAGUGACUUACGUUGCUACUUCGAAAGCUACAGAGUCUGCCACAAGUGUUUCUUUUGGGAAUACUGUCGCGCCCACGGAAGCUGAAGAACAGAGGCCAAUACCACCCGAGCCACCUGUUAUCGUCAUAACAACUACGCCAAGCUCAGUGAGCCCUUCUACAUCGGAAGAUAACGGAAAGCCUUCACAAGUUAUCGCCAUUACUCCGAAACUAACCGAUGCCACUUCGACAUCAACGAAAUUAUCGCGGAAUGAUUCACAUUUUACAACUUCAGCUCCUACAGCAAAAACAGAGUCAAAAGUUAGAAAGGGAACCAAAAUCCGUAAAGGAAAACCUAUUGUAAAAGGAGGGAGAAAAAAGGACAAAAAUGGCAAGAAAGAAAAGCCGAAAGGGGUGAAAAAGUCUAAGAAAUCUAAAAAGAAAUCUUCCAAAAGAUCGAAAAAUUUGACGCCAACUGGCAGUUCAGUUUUUCCAGAGAAAGCAACAAAGCUCCUCAGCAACAUUUCAAAUGAAUUCAAUGAAAACGUGCGGAAUGAGUCUGAACAUGAUACAGUAACUCAAGUAAAUAUCGAGAAACCUUCGGAAAGUGUAGUAACGUCGACAACAAGCGCCGAUGAUCUGCCGAUUGUGGUCGCGAAUAAUUCGACGCACGAAACAAGUUCUCCGGAGACAACUGUUUCAACGUUAUUUCCCACGUCAUUGGUGACACUCUCAAACGAACAAAGCACAAAGGAGGUUGUUUCGAAAGAAUAUUCUACGGUCAAACAUGCAAGUAAAAAGUCAACUAAGCGACGGAAAAAAGGAGAAAAGGAUAACUUCAAAAAGAACAAAAAAUUGAGAAAAAACAUCAAGAAGUCGGGAAAAGAAUUGAUAAUGAAUACGACUACUAGCUCCUCGGGUGAGGGCCUCAAACUUUCUGUAAACCAAACAGCAAUCGAAACAGAAUCGGAAAGCCGGAGAACUGAAUCGGGAAAGGCCGAAGUCGACGAAGGGAAAAGUAAAUCACCGACAGACAAUUUAAAAAAGAGAAACAGAAAGCCAUCGGGGAAAAGAUCAAAUCGAAAUUCCAAGAAACGAUCUCGGAAACCUUCCAAGCGUCCGACACUAUCUCCCAGUAGUCAGGGAGGGGUGACUGGUGGCGGAAUUGAGUCUCCAUCCGAUCCAUGAUGAGAUUUGCUUGUAGAACUUUGGUACCAAUCAAAUUUUACAGCAAACGCAAGAGUCUUUAGUUUAAACUCAACAAAUGUGACCAGCGAUUUAUAAAAUUUGGUCACAAUUGUUUUCAAUAUUUAGCUUUUCAGGCGAGUCUCUCUGUAGUUGCUUUCGACAUAUUUGUCGGUCGGUUUUGUUGUUCCUUUUUUUUAAAGAAUUUUGUAUUCGACUUAUGGUCAAAGAUUUAAUUUGAUCUCCGCAGAAUUUACUUCAGAUUCGAUGGACAUCCUUCCCGAUAAAAAAAAAUGAACUCGCCUGAAAUACCCAUAAAUAACAUUUUUUAUGUGUUUUCAUUUCUUAUUUGGUCAGACAAAUUUCCGCACUUCCCGGGUUUCUAGGUCAACUGUUUUACAAUGACUGCUAACCUAGUAACCGCCUAGUCCCUGUGCGGCGUUUUCCCAGGCCCUCUCAGUCAAUUCGCUUGGACCACGUGACCCGAAACGCUUUGGCCGCGCGUAAUAAGAAGGCCUUGGGACUAAGCAAGUAAUGAAUGAUUGAGAGUGCUUCCUGAAAAUGUUUAUCAUCAAUUUUGAAAGUGUGAAAGUUUUACUGCAAUGUCAAUCUUUUAAUAGCAUGCGUAGCAGCAGCUUGAAAAGUAAUGGGCGCAAGAUAGAGCGCGGCGCUCGAGGGAGACAAACGAAAGAGAAGGGUGUGUUACAAUGUAUCGCCUUAUAUUCAUGUUUUUACUUCGUCGUUGUUUUAUUGAAUUUGGAAGUAGCUAAAUAUUAGAUAAAAUUAUCUUUUGUUAAAUUUUGAGAUUAAGCGGAGAAAGAGAAGAGUUUCACAACGGACAAAGAACAGCAGAAGAAAAGUUAUUUUUAAAAAAGAGAAACGGUUGUUUACAAAUCAACUAUCGUAUGGUUACGGCUUCUGUGAAAAUUUGCUAAUGUACUGGAUUCAUGGUUUUUCGAACAACCUGUGAAAAGGGCUUUUAAAAUGGUUCAAACUAUGAGGAGGUUAGAAAAAGGGCGGUUAAAUUACAAUAAACUCGGUCUUGUUUCAUUAUAACGGGACGGUUCGAGAAGCCAAUAGGAAUUCUGCUCUAUUCGUUUGAAAUUGUUUGAUUGCUGUGUAAACCUUAAUAAAGUAAGCUAAAUGAUGAAAUGCAUUGUAGGUUGAACAGAUAUUUAUGGGGUUAUUUUAAACUCUUUGUAACAAUUAUUUCUGACGUUGUUGUUAUUAAUGAAUUUUAUAAAAAGCAUAGGCCAUCCUCCUUUUUUCUCCGUUUAGCGUCGUCCGACCGACCCAAGUUUUUGCCAGUAACGACGUAGUUAAACUAUUUUUCACUUGAAAUAGUUCUUUUAAUCUGAAACAUGAGCAUAGUAACAGCAUAGAGAAAAACAGGAAACAAAACAGGAAUUUUUUUUUGUUACAGUAUAUUGUGCAUUUUGUUAAUCCUAAUAUGUGAAUGUUAACUUUUAACGUAACCCCGGGGGUACCGGGGCCUCCUAUUCCGAGACUGCUUGUGAUUUUUUUUAGUUUUCUUUUUUUUUUCAAUCCGACCGACCCAACAUCAGUAAACGCAUUCGACGCUAAACGAAAAAAGAAGGGGAUGGUCCUAAUUAAACAGGAAAUCAUAACUAGAGAAGUAAUUAUCGAAGUCGAUGAAUUUUUUGUAAAGAGAGGUUAAUUCUACUUCUUCUGCUUCUUGUAAUUAAUGCCAGUAAAACUGCUUUUAAACUCUUUUUGAAGUUUGUAUUUGGAAUACAAUACUAUUAUACGUAGUUUUCUAAGUUAUUUUGAGAUUUGUGCGGCGUUU